AUGGAUUCAAAAGUCGUGGGAAUUCUUGGUGGCGGACAACUUGGCCGUAUGCUGGUUGAAGCCGCAAACAGGUUGAACAUCAAUACCGUCGUUUUGGAAAAGGGAGAAUUGGCACCAGCCAAACAGAUUAAUGCAAUUUCUGAGCACAUUGAUGGUUCUUUUACGAAUCUAGAUGACAUUAAAAAGCUUGCAAAGAAAUGCGAUGUCCUGACUGUUGAAAUCGAGCAUGUCAAUACUGAUGCCUUGAAGCAGGUACAAAAGGAGACAGGUGUUGAAGUGCAUCCAUCACCUGAAACCCUUGAGAUUAUAAAGGACAAGUUUGCCCAAAAAGAGCAUUUGUUGAAGUACAAUAUUCCAGUUGCUGAAUCUGUCAGUGUUGAAUCAACAGAGCCAGCACUACUUAGCGUUGGUGAAAAGCUUGGAUAUCCAUUUAUGUUAAAGUCUAAAACAGAAGCUUAUGAUGGAAGGGGAAAUUUUGUUGUUAAGGAUAAAUCGCAUGUCAAAGAAGCACUCGAGUUUCUUAAUGAUAGACCUUUGUAUGCCGAGAAGUGGGCCCCAUUCAUAAAGGAGUUAGCUGUCAUGGUUGUCAGAUCUUUAGACAACAAGGUGUAUUCAUACCCUACUGUUGAAACCGUACAGCAGAAUAAUAUUUGUCACAUAGUGUAUGCUCCGGCAAGAGUCAACGAUACUGUUCAGGAAGAAGCACAGGUGCUAGCAAGAAAAGCUGUUGCAUCAUUUACUGGUGCAGGUAUUUUUGGUGUUGAAAUGUUCCUUUUACCGGGAAAUAAGUUACUUCUUAAUGAAAUUGCUCCUCGUCCUCACAACUCUGGUCAUUACACUAUCGAUGCUUGUGUUACUUCCCAGUUUGAAGCACAUAUUCGCGCCAUAACGGGACUACCAAUGCCAAAAGGAUUUACUUGUCUGUCUACACCGGAUACACAUGCUAUCAUGCUCAACAUUCUUGGAGCUGAUAAACCCAACGGUGAGAUUGAACUAUGUAAGAGGGCUCUAAGCAUUCCAAAUGCAUCUGUUUAUCUUUAUGGUAAAUCAACAAGACCAGGAAGGAAGAUGGGGCACAUCAAUAUUGUUUCUGAGUCGAUGGAUGAUUGUGAACGUCGUCUUGCAUAUAUCAGAGGUGAAAGUGAGAAGACACCCGAAGCUCUCGGAGUUCAGGCAACCAAGAAGCCAUUGGUUGGUGUUAUUAUGGGCUCUGACUCCGAUCUACCUGUGAUGGCCGAUGCUUGCCGUGUCUUGCAGAGUUUUGGUGUUCCAUUUGAGGUUACGGUUAUAUCUGCCCACAGAACACCACAUAGAAUGUCAAGCUAUGCAAUAAACGCCACUAAAAGGGGUCUCAAAUGUAUUAUUGCAGGAGCUGGAGGUGCUGCCCAUCUCCCAGGUAUGGUUGCUGCUAUGACGCCCUUGCCUGUUAUAGGUGUCCCUGUGAAGGGUCAUAUUCUUGAUGGUGUUGAUUCUCUUCAUUCCAUUGUUCAGAUGCCAAGAGGUGUUCCAGUUGCUACAGUCGCCAUAAACAAUAGUACCAAUGCAGCUUUGUUGGCUGUCAGAAUUUUGGGUGUGUAUGAUUCCAGUUACACUACCGCAAUGGAGCAAUACCAGAGUGACAUGGAAGAUGGCGUGUUAGUGAAGGCUAAGAAGCUUGAGACCAUCGGUUUCGAAGAAUAUCUUGCCCAGAAGAAAUGA